GUGUGGUGUAAUUAGUGUGUUCCUCACGUACCCACCAAAUUGUUGCGUAAAUUUUGGAGUUAAAUUUCAUCUUUUGAAGGCAUUGUGGCAUUCAAAACCUAUCCUAGGUGGUUUGGAACAGCGUAUGUGGUGUUGUUGGGAAGAUGAAGGUAGUGUUUUGGGUUGUAGUUGUGUCAGUGGUGGUUGCAGCAUGGAUGCCUCUCUCACACUGCUCCAAGAAACCGGUGGGGAUGGCUAGAAAGGAGGAUAUUCCGUACAUCAAGUGUCAAGUUUGUGAGAAGCUCGCUAAGGAGUUGUAUCAACAAGUUCAGAACAAGCAAUCUGAGAUCGCUCCCAAAAAGAUCUCGGAGUACCAGAUCAUUGAGAUAGCAGAGAAUGUUUGUAAUCUGAAAAAGGUCGAAGCGGAUUGGAUUUUGCGUAUAGAUAUUGUAGAAAAAGGAGAUAGGUUGGAGCUAGUGGAACAAGACUCUGAAGGACAAUGCAAUUCGGAAUGCAAGACAAUUGAGCGAGCCUGUCAGGAGGUUAUAGGAUAUUCUGAUACAGAUGUUGCUGAAUAUUUAUAUAGUUCCAAGCCUGAUGUUGAUUCAUUGCUCAGUUAUCUCUGCAAAGACCUUACUAAAGCAUGCAGUACCAAGCCACCUCCUGUCCCUAAGGACAGGACUCCUGGUGAACCAUUUGUUGCAAAGUCUUCUAAGGAGGCUGAAAUGGAAAAGCUACUAAAAUCUAUGGAGGGCAUGCCAGGAGCACCCGGCAUGAAAAUGUACUCAAGGGAUGAUUUAAUGAACAUGAAGAAUUUUGGCGAUGAAGAUGCUGAUGAUGAAGAUGAGGAGGAUGAUGAUGAUGAGGCCAGCUUCCCCUCAAAAUUGGGAAAAGUUUUGAGAGCAGAAGAAAGUGGAAAAAAGGACUGGAAACAGAUGAUAAAGAAAGGGAUUGAGGACACAAGCAUGACACUGAAGAAACAUGCAAACAAGGUUUCUAAUCAUAUACGACAGUGGUGGAGGGGAAAGACAACCACUUCAAAGAAGGGUCCUAAAGCAGGGAAGACAGAACUUUAGAGCCCCACAUACUGUGCUGUAGCUCCGGUUGUUGAAGAACUGUUUGACAUUAACACGAUAUUUGGUUAUAGGUACUACACCCAAGAUAGACAACAAAUUGGAAUAUUUGAAAGCAAUCAAAUGAGAGCUUCACAAUCACCACUUGGAAUGAUCCCCUUUUCAGUCCUGGACGUGAGCCAUUUGAUGCAUGAGGAUGGGUGUAUACUACUAGCUAAACGAUAGUGUAUUUUAUGAUGCUCCAUUUGUUGAUUAAUGUUCGCCCUUCCCUUUUCCGUGGAUAGUGGUUAUUCUCGAGAUUUAAUGACAAUUUUGUAGUUUUGGUAAUUUAUUGUAUUCUCUGCGUCGGAAUU